AUGCUGGUGGAGAUCGAGAUUUUCGAUGUGCAAGCCUGGCCGGGUCGGCCGCAAUAUAAUUUAGAAGCUGUGGCGAAUACGCGCUGUCCAGUGGAGAUUGAGGGGGUAAAUGUGCAGGUUAUGAGUGUGGCAUGGCUGUUGCGUGAAAAGAUAACAUCACAAGCUCAAAGGGAAGGGAGUCGGAGAGAGCAUAGUGAUAUUUCAGAUAUCGCGUGCCUGGCAACGAUUGCUGCGGAUGCGGAGCUGGUCUGUGAGAUAGAAGAGUUUGUGGGGGCCCUUCGACGGUUGUUGGAAAAGAGGCCGGAGAUGAAGAGGGUUUGA